AUGCUGACCGUGGUAAUAGAAGUGGAGUCGCAGAAGGGAUCAGGCCCUGUGGAUACCUGUAGCCCCACACUCCUGGUGGAGCCCAUAAAUAUCCGUUUGCUUCAGCUUGGAACUCUGGAGACUCAGGUGGAUGGGCAGUGUGUGUCGGGGGAGGCAGAGCAGGAGCUGCUGGCACAUGUCCAAUACACACUGGGCUCUGUGGGCCGAGGGUACAGUGUGGCCCUGUUGCUCCGAGGCAGGGAAACAGAGGCACCUCGAUUCGUGCCUCAGCUGCUGCAGAUGCCGUUUGAGGAAGCUCUGCCCCAAAGCUGUUCUGAUCCUGUGCUUAGCACUCUUAGCCUGGUGCAGGUGAGACCCUUAGGAAGGACCCGGGACCUGCUCUCUCCAGGGGUGGAGAACCUGUCAGUGCUGGAUGUGGCCCUUCUGGGCUUGGUGGUAGAAGAUGCCACUGAAGUGGAGGUGUCUGACUUAAGAGCUGCUUCAGAGCUGUACUUGCAGGCCACAGCGGGUGAAGGCGGAGACUGCCCCCUGCUGCGGGUGUUGGCUGGUGAAGUUGUUGGUGAGGAGGCAGAGGGCUCUUUGCCCUGGAUUGUCUCACGGCUCUUGGAAGGAAACAACUACAGUGGCCUGCUUCUUCGUCUGGACCCUCAAGGUAGCUCCCUGAGUUUGCUCCAGGCUGCUCUGUUGGGGGCCUCAGGAAGAAGGAUGCAGGUGAAACAGGUGAAGCCCACCCUGUGGGAUGCAGUAGAAGAGGCUCAGGCCUGCCGGGCUGGCCUGAGGUCCCUGCGUUUAGGCCUCCUUGGGGACAUCCUGACAGACAGUGGGCUAAGCCAGCUGGGCAGGGCACUGCGGGAGCUACAGCAGGUACCAGAUGUGGCCCUGCAGUUCUUCUUGGCCCAGGCCCGGAGCAGACUGAGGGAGCAGCACCAAAUUUGGAUUCGAGAGAAGCUGAAGCAUUUGGAACAUAAGGAGGAGGUGGCAGAUGACCAGGUCAAAGGCCUGGUGGCUGAAGAGAAGGCCUGCGAGGAGACGCAGAGAUGGCAGCAGGAACAGAUGGUGCUGAGAUUCCAGCUGCAGGCCCUUCACGAAGAGCGGGACAUGGCAGAGCAGGACCUGGCAGCCCUCUAUGACCUGCAUGUGCAGGCCACCCGAGCUCAGACACACCAUGUGCUGCGGGUAUUCCAAGCCUGGCAGGGCCUGUGGGAGAAGCAGGCCAUGACCACAGAGCAUCGUCACCACAGCCUGCUGGCUGGCAUCCUGGAAGAUACCAUCAACCUGGCCACACAGAAUCAGGAGCUCCAAGCUCAGAACCAGCAGCUUCAGCAGGGUGCAGACUAGGCUGGGGGCAGUCAUGCUGGACCUCUGCCUGGGGAGAAAUCUGAUCAGGAACACUUUAGAGGAGGCUUCCUCUCUCCUAAUGUUUGGGCUCAUAGAAGGGAGAGAAAGGUGAGACAAAACCAAGCUGAUCCUCAGUAUGGUUGAUUAAUAGCAUGAACCAUGUCUCAUUGUUCUAGUCCUUACUAAGUGCCUAAUAUUAAUUUAUUUAGCCUCUACAGCUACCACAUAUAGUAGGUACCACUUGAUCCUCAUUUCAGGGAUAAGGCAACUAAAGCUGGGAGAGGUUAAGCAACUGCCCAAGAACACGCAGCUAAGUGGCAGAGCCAGAAUUCAAAUUCAAAUCUGUCCAUAGUCCUACACUGCAUAGUAGUGGCUCACAAGCUUCUGUGUGCAUCAGGACCACCUAAGGAGCUUCAGAGAAGAAAGAAAAAGAUUCCCAAACACUGUUCCCUAAGAUUCUGCUUUAAUAGGUCUGAGAUAGGCCUAGGACCCCCGCCCCCGCCUCUGGCCUUUUUUUUUUAAGAAACUCACCAUGUAUUCUACCAUAGAAGCAGGGUCUGACAUUCCCUUGGCCAUGAUUUUAAGACAGCUGACAGGUAGGAAUUGUCUGUGAGGGAGCCGGAGGGAAUGAAAACCAAAACCACAUCAGCUUCUAGAGUCUAGUUCAUCCUGCUGGGCCCAGUACCUUCUGUUCCCAACUCCCUCCGCAUUCCCCAGGACUCAAGUUUUGUGCUCCAGGGAAAUUUCGAAAGCUCUGUGACACGGAAAUGUCUCAGCUCCAAGGA